AUGGCCAGCUUUACAGGUGCUUUUGAAACGAAACUUGGCUGCAGAAGAUUACCAGGAUUCAGCCACGAGAGCCCGUGGGAAUGUGACCCUUUGCUGCUGGCGGGCGGACGGGCAGACCGGAUCCCGAGGCCGGGACCUUACACCCCGACGGCGCUUUCCCGGCCGGCCGGGCCAGUUUCGAUUCCCGCUGGCUCCUCCUUCGCCCGCCCUCCUCCACUCUGCCGCUGGCCCGGCUCUCCGCUCCCGGCUCUCCGCUCCCGGUUCUCCGCUCCCGGUUCUCCGCUCCCGGUUCUCCGCUCCCGGCUCUCCGCUCCCGGCUCUCCGCUCCCGGUUCUCUGCUCCCGGCUCUCCGCUCCCGGCUCUCCGCUCCCGGCUCUCCGCUCCCGGUUCUCCGCUCCCGGUUCUCCGCUCCCGGUUCUCCGCUCCCGGCUCUCCGCUCCCGGCUCUCCGCUCCCGGUUCUCUGCUCCCGGCUCUCUGCUCCCGGCUCUCUGCUCCCGGUUCUCCGCUCCCGGUUCUCCGCUCCCGGUUCUCCGCUCCCGGCUCUCCGCUCCCGGUUCUCCGCUCCCGGCUCUCUGCUCCCGGCUCUCUGCUCCCGGCUCUCCGCUCCCGGUUCCCUGCUCCCGGCUCUCCGCUCCCGGCUCUCCGCUCCCGGUUCUCCGCUCCCGGCUCUCUGCUCCCGGCUCUCUGCUCCCGGUUCUCCGCUCCCGGUUCUCCGCUCCCGGUUCUCCGCUCCCGGCUCUCCGCUCCCGGUUCUCCGCUCCCGGCUCUCUGCUCCCGGCUCUCUGCUCCCGGCUCUCCGCUCCCGGUUCCCUGCUCCCGGCUCUCCGCUCCCGGCUCUCCGCUCCCGGUUCUCCGCUCCCGGCUCUCUGCUCCCGGCUCUCCGCUCCCGGCUCUCUGCUCCCGGCUCUCUGCUCCCGGUUCUCUGCUCCCGUCUCCAGGUUCCCGACUCUCUGCUCCACGCUCCCGGUUCUCUGCUUCAGGCUCCCGACUCCCGACUCCCGGCUCCGGGCCCGGCGAUGCUGGGGCGCUGUGCCCCGGGCUCACCGCGCCCCCGGGCCGUCGUCCGCGCCCUGCCGCCCUCCGCCAGCGCCCUCCGCCAGCGCCUGCGCCAGUGUGCAGAACGGAUCCCAGAGGCUGAAGCAGUACUCGACCUGCUGGACAAAUGUCCAGAGCAUCAAAAAAAGGGAGAUUUUCCCGUCAUAGUUUUCGAGGGGCUGGAUGCCACAGGCAAAACCACGGUGACCCAGGCUGUUAAGGACACCCUGAAUGGCGUUCUGCUGCGGUCCCCACCAGCUUGCAUCAGCCAGUGGAGGACUGUAUUUGAUGAUGAGCCAACACCCAUUAAAAGAGCAUUUUAUGCUGCAGGCAACUACAUUCUGGCUUCAGAGAUAGCGAAAGCAUCCACUCAGGCACCUGUGAUCAUAGACAGAUACUGGCACAGCACAGCUGCCUACACAAUUGCCACUGAAACAAGUGGGAAAGUCCAGAAUCUUCCACCAGCUCAAGAUGAGGCGUAUCAGUGGCCUGAAGAUCUGCUUAAACCUGAUCUUGUUCUUCUCCUGACUGUUGACCCUGAAGAACGAGUCCGGAGGCUUCAGCAUCGGGGGCUGGAGAAAACAAAGGAGGAAGCUGAGUUGGAAGCUAACAGCUUGUUUCGCCAAAGAGUUGAAGAGUCAUACAGAAGGAUGGUGAAUCCUGCAUGCCAAGAGGUUGAUGCCAGCCCCUCCAAGGAAGAGGUUCUCAAGACUGUUCUUCAACUAAUUAAGAAGCACUGUGCUUUUUGAAAGCAACUUUUCUGCUACUGCACAAAUGUUUUUUAAGUAGCACUUAAAGGAUACUUUUUAUUGCCCCAAUGGUUUUGGUACCUGAAAAUGCGCAGUGAUGUGUUUUGUCUCACAGAAAUAAUGAAUACGGUUUUAUUCUGUCAACAGUAAUCUCUUCAGGUUAUCUGCUUUGUGGCUGCUACUGUACUUUUCUGCAUAAGGCAAAAUGCUACUCAUGUCACUCAGCAUUCUUAGUAAAGAAACAAACACACUACAUACUACAUACAUGAGGUACCUCAGAGUGCUCUCUGACACCAGGACAUUUUGAGAUGCCAUCAUGUUGCGUCUUCAUCACCAGGACAACAUGUUCCCCAAUCCAUGGUGUACCAAAAUUUGCUGCACUGCAUCAGGAGCAUUAGAUGCUCAAGGAAAGGUUGAAAUAUCAUCAGCACUAAGCCAGUAAAAUGAUCAUAACAUUUAGGAACAGAAAAUCCAGUGCCCAGUACUGUUUUUAUUUUGAAUAGAGGAAGAGCAGCUGUUGCUGUGAUGGGCAUUCUGGAAAAAACGUGUUGUAAAUGAGUGCCAGUAAACACUAAGGGCUCUAAGUAAUAAAGUCAAAACUUGUUUAUAUAUGCAACUGCAAUAUCAAUUCUUUUCAGAGAGAAACCAGACAAUGCCAGCAAAUGAGAAACAGAGACCUGAGGAGAACCUGAAAUGAAAAACUUAUAAAUGAUCACUAAAAUAUUUUUUUACAAAACUUUUUCUCUAUCCUAUUAAUAUUUGUUAGUGAGAACUAGUAUUCUUUUGAGAGAAUGCAAAAUGAAAACCAUAGAGAUUCUGAGCAAUGGGAAUGAUUGCACCUUUUCAGUUCACCUUUUCUUUCUUGUGUGGGUGUUUGAACAGGUUGAAUGUGAAAGCAGGCUACAUCAAGACUUCAGGUCUGCAAAGGCUUAUUUUCAUGUAUUUUAAUUUAAUUAUUGUUACUCCUAAGUGUAGAACUAAACAUAUGGAUAAGCCUUUGUGAGGUCAGAAAUAAAGCUGCAGUUCCAGGAAAAAAAAUCUUAAAAUGUAAAUUUGAUUUUAAACACUUUUUCUUACUUUUCUGUUUUAAGCAAGUGCAAUUAUCAAUGAAUCUGUCCUCUAAAUAAAAAAAUGUA